CUGUUCUGCCAGUGGUUUGACCUCACUUCCUGCUCCAGCUCCGAAAUGGCUUCAAAAGCAGUCGCCGCGACGGUGGACUUCGCCCGCAUCUACACCUCCCUAGGUCUUGGCAAGGAGACCAUCGCGUCCCUCCAAGCGUUCCGCAAGCGGCAUGCCGACGCCCAGCGCAUCCAGGCGCAGCUUGCGUCCCAGCCGACAACCGUCGACCUCGAGCACUACCGCUCUGUUCUCCGCAACAAGGCGGUCGUCGAUGAGGCUGAGAAGAUUCUUCGCGACUUCAAGCCCGUCACUUACGAUGUGAACACGCAAAUCAAGGCGAUUGAGGCGUUCGAGGCCAAGGCGGUCGCAAAGGCGAAGGAGACCACAGAGAAGAUUGACGCGGAGCUCAAGGAUCUCCAGGCAACCCUCGCCAACAUCGAGGAGGCGCGUCCGUUCGAAGAUCUCACGGCGGAGGAGGUUGGCAAGGCGCACCCACGCAUCGUCGAAGCCGUCGAGACUAUGAUCAAGAAGGGCAAAUGGACUGUACCCGGCUACAAGGAGAAGUUCGGCGACCUUUCCCUUAUGUAAACAUGAUCAUACUCCACAUCGUCAUAAUAGACCCAGGAGGCGCUCGACGUUCCUUGCACGAUGUGAGAAUGCG